AGAGAUUGUCUUCAUAUGGAAUGUUCCUUUCCUGCAGUUGCUGCAGCCCAAGCCAUAGCAGAUGAAAGAAGAAGCCAAAGUGGUGUCAGCCCUAUUGCAGUCCAGACCUCAAUAAACAUAAAAACAGCAACUAAACCAGUGAUAGAUGGUUCCACUCUAAGAACAGAAGAAAGGCAAAGACUGGCCAGGGAGCGCAGAGAGGAGCGGGAAAAGCAAAAUGCUGCCAAAGAGUCACAAAUCCUUGAAAAGGAGAGAAAAGCAAAACUCCAGUAUGAGAAACAGUUAGAAGAAAGGCAGAGAAAGCUAAAAGAACAAAAGCAAAAAGACGAACAACGGAGGGCAGCUGUAGAAGAAAAGAGAAAACAAAAAAUAGAAGAGGAAAAGGAGAGACACGAAGCAGCUCUGCAUCGUACCUUGGAACGGAGUCAGCGACUGGAAACACGGCAGAAGAGAUGGUCAUGGGGAGGAUCUGUAACUCCAGAUUCAGAGAGCAAAACGGAGCAACAGACCACAGAUGAAGGUGAAACUGGUGCCAGCAAGCGGUCCACCUCCACAGCAAACCUCAAACCAACAGAAGCUGCCAUGAAUAAACGUUUGUCAUCAUCUGCAGCACUUUUAAAUGCUUCUGAUCGAACUCGUCGUUCCCAGGUCAGUCCUCUGGACAGUAGCGUAAUCAGUCGCCUCCUCGCCCCCACUCAGGCCUCCUUAGCUAGGAGUAAAAGUGCUGCUACAUUGUCGGCUGAUGGACAGGAUCCCUCAGAAUCUCACCUCUGUCCUCGUUCAGCUUCAGCCAGUUCCAUCAAUUCCCCAGUCCCAACUCCUAAAGUGCCCGUGCGCAGUCGUAGCAUCGACAGAUUGAAGUCCUCUGUACCUUCAUCUGAUGCAAGUUCACCAGAUCCAACCCAGAAAUCAGAGACUGAGAAACCAUCCUCAGGUUCUGGGUUGCGGCGCCCUUCCUCUCCGUCGGUGUCUGCCCGAAGAAGAUCCCCUUCUCCUGCCAAUUUGGUGAAGCGUCCUCCAUCACCAUCUGCAGUUAGACAGAAGACUCGCCCGCCUUCGCCUGGCAUAUCAAAACAGAGGCCGCCGUCUCCUACUCCGAUCCAUAAACCAGCACCCAUCCAACGCCCACCUCUCACACCAGGUGUUAUCAACAUUACCAAAAAGAAGACUGAAGCAGAGAGCAAACCAAAGGAGAAGAGUGCAGAAGGAACAGGACAUGAGCAAGGUGCCCCAUCAGCCUUGGACAGGGAUGCAGUAGCAGCUAGCACAAAGACCAAAGAAGAGUCAGGUAGCAAAGCAGCAGCAGGGACCACCACAGCUGAAGAAGCUGCUAAAAUCUUGGCAGAAAAACGGCGUUUAGCACGGGAGCAGAGAGAGAGGGAAGACCAAGAGAGAAUUCAGAGACAGGAAGAGGAAAGAAUCAGAGAAGAAGAAAUGGCUAAGAGAGCAGUUGAAGAAAGAGCACGACGGGAGGAGGAGCUCCGCAAGCAGGAGGAAGAAAAGAGACUCAUUUAUGAGGAACAACAAAGACAAGCUGAAGAGGAGAGAAUCCGCCGAGAACAGGAAGAACAGGAAAAGCUUGCAGAGCUUCAGCACCAGAGGGAAGAAGCUGAAGCAAAAGCUCAAGAAGAGGCUGAAAGACAGCGGCUGGAAAGAGAGAGAAUUAUGCAGCAAAAUAUGCAGGAAAGGCUUGAAAGAAAAAAGAGAAUUGAAGAAAUAAUGAAAAGAACACGAAAAUCGGAUCAAAACGAAUCCAAGUUGCAGAAUGAAGGAAAGUCUGCCUGUGAGGUCAUGGAGGGAGAGGAUAUAGAAGAGGAGGAAGAGCUGGGACUUGAGAAGGCUGAUCAACCCGGAAAGCUGAAUGGCAUUGACUUACCCCAGGAAGUCAAAGGGGAGACAGAGGGUUGUGUACAGACUGCAGGGAGCUUGAUCUCUACAGAGUCUGAGCAACGCACUGUGACAGAGUUGAAGGCCAGUGAAGUAUUUAUGAAUGGCAGCGAUUUGAAAAGUGAUGAGGGAUCUCUACUUUUUACUGAAUUGAAGGAUUCCAGCCGUCCUGCAAAAGAAAUGGUUAUCGAUGACUCAGUGAAGUUGGGUGUUAAUGAAGCUGAUCAUACAAGUGGACUUAUUCAGAAUCUUAAUGGAAAAUCUGAUCUGUGGACUUCCGAGGAAUUCAUUGACAUUGGAGUACAUUCCAAGUCAACCAAACUGAGUUCAGACAGCAUCUCUGCUGGUAACUGUAAUCAAAACUUGAAUGAUGCUGCUACAAUACCUUCUAGUCCCAAAUUGACUUAUGAGGAAGAUGGUGCAGUGAAUUCAUUGACCAAACCUAUAGAUUCUUCAUCAGGUAAUUCAAGCUGAUUUCCCUAUCUAUCUCCUCCUCUGGCUAGAUAAUUAACUUUGUUGUAUUUUUACUCUCCUUGCCUUAACUUCAGCUUCUUAUUUUCAAGGCACUUUCUCCAGUGUGUAGACUGGAGGGAAAGCUCUUUCUUUAGUGCUUGCAACUUGCAUUCUGUCAAAAGAAGUCACCAGUUGAUGCCUUGUUAGCGAUUUGCUCUAUGCAGCAGCUAAGGCCUGACACGAAGGCUCUUCCAAAGACAAAGCCAAGCUCCUGUUUAGCUCCUGCAUCCCCUGUCAGCACUCAAGCCCAUCUGUUGUGUUCUUCUAUUCUGAUUUCUUCUAAGAUGUCUUAAAUGGAACGUGUUACUUUUGAAGAUACUAACAGUUUAAUAGGUGUCUGAUGUAACUCUACAGACGAGACCCGGCUACUUUCCCCUUUCCACUCCUAGGCAUGUUCUGUAACUUCUUGAUGCUGACCUGCAUGGUCUUUAAGAGGUCUCUUUCAGGCUCUGGCAAGGUACCUGUCCUCUACUGUAGAAUAGGCUUUUGCUUCACUGAAGGGGAGUAACACCAACUUUAAAUUCCACAAACGGUUGUGUUACGUGUUAGGAGGAGUAAUAAAGCUACACACAUAACAUUCAGAAUUUUCUGGAAGAAAUCAGGCUGCAUCUGAAGCCCAUGUACUUGAGAACCCAGACCCUGAUGAGUGUAGUGUCAGAGAGGCCUUGGUGUGCUAAUUUUCUUAAGAUUAAACUGCUCAGUUGUUGGAGCUAAACCCCAUGUGAACGUACUCACAGCAGAAGAUCUCUGUCCAUGAGAUAAACGACUGCGUGAACAGAUGAAGUAAAUGACAGUGGGAAGAAACAAGACUUGGUAUCCACAGUUUCUUUCAGUGAUGUGUAGCACUUUUUUUUUUUUUUUUUAAUUAAAGUGUAGCACUUUUCUAGACUGAACUGUUUCCUGAGUCUCCUCUGUCACUCUGCGUCUUGUGAGUUGUGGUCUGAUGGACACUGAGACUUCCUUUGGGCCUCUGCUGAGUAGUUGAGAACAGAAUGAUUUCAUGUGAUUCUGCUGAUCGCAUUUUCUUACGCUCAAAAUCAUUCAUUUCUUAGUGAAGAAAGUGUUGCCUUUUAAUUCUGAACUUGAAUGUGUUUAGAGAUAAUAUGCUUUAAGAGUUACAUACACAGCUUUGGAAAUGAAUACUCCUAUAUUUUCUUUUUGAAAGAAAAGCUACUGUGCUGAUAUUGCACUGUAAGAGGUGGUUCUGUGCUUACCUUCCUGGAUGUACACUCUGACAGUGAGGACAGAUUUAUGUAGAAUACAUUGCAGUAUGAUGGUUACACUUUCUUUUCUUUGCUCUUUGGACAGAACUGUGAACACUUGAGACCUGGAAAUAAUCUGAUUGCACUUCAGUAAUCCAGUGCUCUAUCAAGUACCGAAGGCUUUGUUUUGAAAAGCUGCUUGUUUACAUUUAUCCAUCUUCAAGUUUGCAAAAAAUAAAUAACACCAGAGAGGGCUGACAAACUUCUAGAUUUGCACCUUGAAACAUUUCAGGGAGACUAUUGUGCUGAUGUUCCUUUUCCAUUUGUUUAGUUUAGUUGUUAGAGAGGAUGUCCUUGUUCAAGUAACACUCAUUUCCCUUUUACAGACCUUACACUAACCUGUUUGAGUCUCUUUGUUUUCCUAUCAGUGUAAUGCACAGCAAUGUGCCACUGGGGACUUGCCCAGUUUGCUACUGGCUGGAUUUUGCGUAUUCCUAAAAUGGCACUUGAAGACUUACUCAA